UCUUUCCUCGAGCUUGCCUAGCUGCAGCUGCUAUUAGUUACAUUCUUCAACAGCCACAUCACCCCUGAUCGCACUAAAUCUGAGUUAUCUGACUUAUCCCCAAGUCUUGGCAUCAUAGGUCUUUAAAGUCUUGUUUUAACUUCCAAGGAUCAUGUCACUUAUACAUACGUCUUCGUACCUACCUACCUACUUAUAUCUCAUCUUGCCUGGCUCGAAUGAAUUAAAAGCCAGUGGAAGAUGCUAAUUCUCCCCAAAUAUUUCUGUGGCUUUAAUGCUGAAUACAUUGAACCCGGAUGAUCCCGUUUUGUUGGUAUUUCGUCACGCUUACAUAUCUCAUAUAUUCCCGGUGGCAGGUUGCCACACUCAGUUAUGUCCGAGAUCCGAACUUCUGAUGUGCCGACGGAAUCUCCGUAUAAGAUCAGCGAGCACAUUUAUGAAUUAUGCUGUUCAUCAGAUAGCGUCUCGUCCAUUCUAGCUCAAGAUCCAUGUUCGUCUCCAGGCGAGGCAUGGAAGAAAGCAUUUGGACAUCAUGGCCACACGCCUAAGAGUCCCAAUGGGGACAUUCGCGAUAUUGGAAAAGGCGUUAUCGAUCUCCAAGAAAUAGAGAGAACUCGAAACUGUGGGAAAUGGGGCACACAAGAACCCUGCGACUUGUUCGUCAGAAUGUACCACGAUGCUCUUUGCACACUUAACGAUGACCUGGCGAGUGGUAUGGUGAGCCCGUCUCUACUUGGUAGCAGCGGCACCAUGCCAUUGACAAUCACUUCUGUUGUCCCUGACAUUGUGAGGCAUAUGUCCAACCUUAUUGUCCGUGCUGAAAAGGAAGUAUUUCUCGCAACAAAUUUUUGGCAAAAUGGUGUGGCCUCCAAAUACAUCACGAAUGCGAUAAAGGAGUUGUCGCGUCGCGCAGGCGAGCGGGAGGUCAAGAUCGUAAUGAAGAUCAUCUACGACCGCGGUAGUCCAAAGCAGCUCUUAGAACCACAUUACACAGUCCCUGAGAGCGAGUACACUGGCAAAGCCGUUGCGCUGCCUGCUUCGCAUGAGAUUCCCAACAUCGAUUUACAGGUCAUCAACUACCAUCGUCCGCUCCUAGGCACGUUUCAUGCCAAGUACAUGAUUGUAGAUCGGAAAAUCGCUGUCUUGCAAAGCAACAAUAUCCAGGAUAACGAUAAUCUAGAAAUGAUGGUGCAGCUUGAGGGCCCAAUUGUCGACUCUAUGUACGAUAUGGCGCUUAUAAGUUGGCAUAAAAAGCUUGAGCCGCCCCUACCAUAUCUCGAUUGUCCUGCGGCCAUGAGCGGAAGUGGGAGUUUCGAUGCCAGUCAUGCUGCCAUAUUCGGACCAGAAGGAGCCGUUAAAAGCCACGUCGCAGUUGUCGAUCCAGAUAAACUGCCUAAGAGAAAUGGUGAAGGUUUGGAAGUCUUGGAGCGUAAGCAGUCAUGGGAAGUAGUAAACCAUAACGGAACAGCCGACCCAUCUUCCUCGAACGGUGAAAUCAUCGAAUCCAAUGGCUCUCAUGGUAGGGUUACCAGCGCAGACCACGACUCUGAGAUAACCCAUUCUGUCAUAUCGCCAGAGACGCUCCCAGAACACACUGCGGAGGACCCUCACUACGACGUCGACCUCGCAGGAGAGAUUCAACGUGUGCAGGCCUCAAUAAGCCUGAAACCAGGUGAGACUCCAAUGCGAGCAGUAACGCGACAUCUCAACCACACGGUAAAUGAAGGAUUCGAGGGAAAUGCCCCUGAUUGCGACCCGCGGGAUGAGAUGACCCCUUACGUGCCUCACCCGGCGCAUGAACCUUUUCCGAUGGCUCUUGUGUGCCGACCGCCCUAUGGUCCACCGAAUCACGCCUCUGUUUCAAACCCACAGAAUGCGGCGUGGUUGUCGGCUUUAAGGAAUGCGCAGAAAAACGUCUUUAUCCAGUCGCCAACGCUAAAUGCCGAGCCUCUGAUUCCAGCUAUUGUAGAGGCGUGUGAACGUGGUGUUGACGUAUAUUGCUACGUCUGCCUUGGAUACAACGAUUCAGGUGAAAUGCUCCCCAUGCAAGGCGGCCACAACGAAUCCAUCGCGCACAACCUCUACACCAAACUUCUCUCGCCUGACGCCAAGCCGCGUUUACACUGGUAUUGGUACGUCGCGAAAGAUCAAACCGCACCCAUCACGGCGACGAAGAAACGCCGUAGCUGCCACAUCAAGCUACUCAUCGCGGACGAGCGCGUCGGCAUCGUCGGCAACGGAAACCAGGAUACACAGAGCUGGUUCCAUUCUCAGGAGAUCAACGUCAUGAUCGAUAGUCCGCUGGUCUGUGGCGCGUGGAUUGAGGCGCUGAGGCGGAACCAGAAUACCCAUUUGUACGGGAGGGUGGGUGAAGACGGAGUGUGGAGGGACAGUCAGGGGAAGGAGGCCGAUGGCGCGACGGGAGUCGAUGCGGGGAGAUUUAGUUGGGCGAAGGGCUUACUCGGCGCUAUUAAAAGGGUUCAGGGGACUGGUGGGUUUUAGAGGUGAGGUUGGGAUAUUGGGAUAGUGGAAAGGAGUUAAAUGGUCAAGGAAAGG